AUGAAGUUAUCAUCGAACCCGUCCAUCGCUGUUGCCUUGGCCUUGAUGGCCGGUACACCCUUGCAUGCCUUCACACCUCGGGCUCCCCUUACUGUCGACACCAGGGCUGGAUUGCAUGGUUCUAUGAAGCAACCAUUGGCUGCACCCCUUUGGGACACCGUCCAACCAGACCAUGACGACAGCCAAAAUCAGAACGAGAAAGGAAAGAGCACGGAUCCCACUCCCGCGCUUUUCAACUUUUUCCAAGACUCCAAUCAGCGUAAUGCAGCUGUGGCAACUGCUGCCUUGGUCACUGCCUUGUCCAUGGCACCCAUGUCAUCUGACGCUGCCAUACGGGAGGCCGCAUUGGCGGAGCCUCGUUUUCGUCUCGCCCUGCAAUGUCUCGCCCGGCACCCAGUGCUUCAAGGGGAUACUACUCGGGGGGAUACUACUCGAGACCAACUUCGAGGUCCGGGAAUCCUUCCACUCUUGGUGUUGGGUGGAAUGGCCCUUACUGUGAGCAACGCCAUUGGCAAUACUUUCUCGCGUGGGGCAUCAUUCUUUGAAGAACGAGAGACGGACAGCGUCUUGGGCGGCGGAACCAGUGUCCUCAAGCUCAGCGUGGCCAUCUCUGUGGCCGACCGGGACGAUCCCAAUUCCAUUUUGAAGGUCCUUGAACGCUUAGCAGAUACGGCCAAAACCGAUAGCAGAGUUGGUAUCCAAAACCUAUCCAGCCAGAUUGCGGUCGAACUGCUUAGGAGAAAAGCAUCGGUGGUUGCUGGCGCUACGGACUACCAGCACUACCGCAACCGCGACAAAGCCCAGAGAGCCUUCAACAGCCUUUCUGUCGAAGAGCGAGGUAAGUUUGAACAGGAGACCAUUAGCAAGUUUGGAGGUGUGGACUAUGCCAGCAACAGUCGCGUCCAAAGCUUUGGCGCAGCAGACGGCAGCAAGGCAACCAUGGCAGUGGUAACACUUUGUUUGGCCAUUGAUGGAGACAAAACCAAGGUGCCAGAAAUCCGCAACAUGAGGGACAUCGAAGAGGCUCUGCGAAAAAUUGCAUCGGAUGCCAAGGUCUCCGACUGCCUACAAGGGGCUGAGAUUCUUUGGACGCCCCAGGAUAGCUCGGAGUCAUUGACGUUCAGAGACGUUGUGGCAGACUACCCAGAGCUGAACAGUGUUUAA